ACCAUUCAUUCAUUUCAAUCAGCAAGUAGAGUGGCUUUAGCGUAGUGUUGCGGUUUCUAAUUUUACAGAAAUAUAUUCAUAAUUUAAGUUUUAUUAAUUAUUGAAUAUUUCUAUUAAGUGGCAUAAAGGCUAUAACAACGAAGAUUAUAAACGGUUUUAAGUUAUUUCAUACACGGCAUGCCUCCGGUAAAGGACGAGUCAAUACGGGAAACAAAUUGCCUGGAAAUUAUAAAUAUUGUGGAGAAAAGUCCCGCAAAAAGUACAUUGGUUGAUGUGAGGGCUUGCAACAAACCUGCCGCCAAGGUCUGGUUCCGCGGCGUGAGGAGCUCCAAGUUCCGCCAUGUGUACGGCGUGCCCUCAAAGCGGGAGCGUUGCUAUGACAACAUCAAGAUCACCAGGAACGCGCAUGACUCCAACUUCUGCGCCGUCAAUCCUAAAUUCGUGGCUAUCGUCACUGAAGUCGCCGGUGGAGGCGCGUUCCUUGUCCUGCCUUUGGAUCAUACCGGACGCCUAGACUUCAACGCGAGCCGCGUCACCGGUCACAAAGGCCCAGUCCUCGACAUCAAGUGGAACCCCUUCAAUGACAACAUCAUCGCGUCGUGCUCCGAUGACUGCACGGUGAAAUUAUGGCACAUCCCCGACGGCGGUCUUUCCAUGCAUCUGACAGAUUGGUUGGUGGAACUACACGGCCACAAGCGCAGAGUAGCGUAUAUCGAGUGGCACCCCACCGCCGAAAACAUCUUGCUGAGCGCAGGCUUUGACUACUUGAUCUUCGUCUGGGACGUGGGCAAAGGCGAGGCGGUGAAGGUGAUCGACUGCCACAGCGACGUGAUCUACUGCAUGUCGUUCAACCGCGACGGCUCCCUACUGGCCACCACGUGCAAGGACAAGAAGCUGCGGGUCAUUGAACCGAGGAGCGGGAUCGUGCUUUCUGAAGGCCCCUGCCACCUAGGCACCAAAGCGUCUAAAUGCACAUUCCUCGGCAGCUCGGGUAGAGUGCUGACAACAGGGUUCUCUCGCUACAGCGACCGGCAGUACGCGAUCUGGGACCAGCACAACUUGGAGAAACCUCUGGCCUGUGAGACCAUCGACAGCUCUUCCGGCGUCGUGUUCCCCUACUACGACCAUGAUACUAAUAUGGUUUACCUUGCGGGCAAGGGUGACGGGAACAUACGAUACUACGAAGUGGUUGACGAGGCUCCGUACGUACACUUCCUCAACCAGUUUCUGUCUGGCAACCCCCAACGCGGCCUAGGCUUUAUGCCAAAACGCGGCGUGAACACGGCCCUAUGCGAGGUGUUCCGCUUCUACAAGCUGCACACGUCCCGCGGGCUCUGCGAGCCCAUCGCCAUGAUCGUGCCACGCAAGUCCGACUGCUUCCAGGAGGACCUGUACCCGGACACGGCGGCGCCGCUGCCGGCGCUGUCGGCGCGGGACUGGCUCAGCGGCAUGAACGCGCCGCCGGUGCUCAUUAGCAUGAAGACUGGAGUAACGAUAUCGACGCACAAGCCGCGCACUAGCAACAAGGACGCGCCGGCGCUGCAGCCGCAGGACGCCAACAACCGCAAGAAGUUCGCCUUCCUCUCCCGGGAAACCACGCCCGACUACCGGCCUCUAGCCACCUGGCAGGAGACACACGCCAACAUCGACAACGACAUACAGAUGCAAGUGAUAGAGAAGUCCCAGAAAACGAGCGCGAACCAGAACACAAAGUUCCACCAGCUACAGAAGAUGUUCGGCAAGCAGAGCGGCGAGGCCGAGCCCGUGCCGCUCUACAAGCAGAUCAACCAGGGCGACGUGUUCAGCACAGAGAAUGAGCAGAUCAACCAGGGCGACGUGUUCAGCACAGAGAAUGAGCUGCGCCUCGCGUUCAACCGGCAAGGCGAGGAGCUACGCAUCGUGAAGCGUCAGCUGGCGAACAGCCAGCAGCGCGUGCGCGAGCUCGAGCAGACCAUUGCCGCCCUACAGUCGCACAUGCAGCGAGACGCUUCUUAAACACGCGCCCAUCGUGCAGCGCACACUGUAAACUUUGGUCACCGACGGACUUGGUUACACGUAACUAGUGGCGAAGCAGAUAAUGCCAGGAAAUAAUCUUUUUACUUAUGCUUGAUCACCGAACACAAAAAUAAAUCGCACAUUUUCCCAUGAAAUUAUGAGCUAAUGCUUAUAUAGAAUUUCCGAAUUCCCGAACUUUCGUGGAUAGAAAUGGUACUAGGGUAAUAAAUUAUGUAGCCAUAAACGUCUGUGCCUGUAGAUAUCAAUCUAUAGGCCCUGGACUUCUUUUUAAUAACCGGAAUUGCCAUGAGAACAUAUAGCCAAACACAGAUUUAAACUGUCACGAUUUUAACACAACACUUUAAUAACAUAGCCAGUUCAGUGGCAACGGAAUUGAGGCAAUUGAAUCACUAUUACUCAAAUUAGUCACAAGAGCGAUAACUUGCUCGCAUUUUAUCGCUUGUCACCAUUCCUGUCACGUUCUAACAAGUAUGUAAGUGUAAAAGUGAUGCAUGACACGACAGGCGAUAAAACGCGACAACUGAAUAUAAUUAUAUACCGUUUAGGUACUUACACCUGCCAUUACGUUUAGUAAUCUCUAUAACCGCCGCUACGUUACGUGUAACAAGAUAUUACAGUCUGAGCCCCUUUAGGGAGCUGGUUGAAGGAUUAACCUUAUAUGUACAAGGUUUGAGAGUGAUAAUAAUGUGACUUACGUUAGCUUAAACGGAAGUGUUUUUAGCUCGUAGGAAAUGCCAAAUGAAACGAAUGCGUUGCUAAUUUCUACCAGUAGAUAGGAUUUCUCAAACCUUUUUAACGAAAGAUCUCAUUAGCAACUCUAUAAUCGAUCUACCAUUCCAUCUGAACUUCUAGAAUCUUACUUGUAUUUCUAGUAGGACUAUGUUAGAAAUCAAAAAUGAUUAAGUACAAGUUUACAAUGUGCGAUGUCUUAAUGUUGUACUUGCUCAUAACGUGCUGCUAUUAUUUGCUAGUAAAUCAUUUAUUGACUUAUGACGCCAUGACCUCUCUAAUAGCCGUAAAGACGCUUAGUGUAUGAUGUAAAUUGUCUUGUCAUUUUGUCACAAGUUCUACAAAGUAUGCUCAAUGGCCACAGUAGAUAAAUGUAGGUCUGUAUGUGCACUUUUUAUGCUUGAAAUCUUUAAGAUGGCGGCUUCCAAAAAUUAAAACUUGCAUCCAGCAUUAGGGGCCAUAAAAUAAAUACCUAAGGGAUGAUUUUUGGACAAGUGGUCCUCCUAUACCAUUCAUGUAAAAUUUUACAAACUUCUCAAUUUGAACAUUACAACGGAAAAAUGUAUGCUAUGGUGGGAUGGAUGCACAUUCCAAUUGGCCUCUUACGUAAGCAAUGAUAAUAUGGAUAAUGGAUCAUCCUCCAUCAUUAAUUGAAUUUUCGACAGUUAGCAAAGUUGCCAAAAUGUGUUGUAAAUUUUAGAAAUGUUACUUUGUGUAUGUAAGCUUUUUAUUUCGCCAUGACGAAACUAAUCUUAAAUUAUCACAAAAUGAUGUAUCUGUUGAUACUGUAUUUCUUUACUGAUAAUGGUUUACAUUCUUUUAUUAGUGAUUUUAUAGUUUUGACAAUUAGUUAUUAUGUUUACAAUUAAUGUGCAAUUCAAAUCAGGGUGGAAAAGUUAUGGUUUGUUACGAUCAUAUAAAGGGAGGCACCUUAUUAAGAAGCACAUGAUAAAUUUUAUUCCAAGUUUUACAGUUAAGUUGACAUUUUGUUAGUGAUUGUUUUAAGAGUCUGAUUUUGAUAAUAGUGUUACCUGUUAUUUUAUAAUUACGAUGUGUAUGUGCUUUCUAUGUAGUUUUUGUAACAUUAUACUGUAUUAUUCCAGUUUAAGGCAUUUAACUUUUGUUGUAAGUAUGCAAUGAAUUAAAGUCUUAGAAUGAAUCUAUUUGAGUGCAAGCAAUUAACCCACAAUUCAGAAUGGUAAAGUUACCAGUGUUUCCUUAAAAAGUAAAUUAAAAAUAAACCUUGUAUUUUUAAGGUGCUAGUGUUUUUCAAAGAUCUUCGGACUAAUGAAACUUCUAACCUGACUAGGAAUUAAAAAGUAUUAUGAUGUAGCGUACUAGCUUAGCAAUGGUUUUAUAAACCAUUUGAUAUAACUUUACUAUUCAAAAGGCCCAAAUUUCUCAAAAAUAACGGUACUAAACAUUUACAUUCCAAUUUCAGUCUAAAAGGCAUAAUUAUUGUAGUAAGUAUAAUGAAAGUAUUAUUGUGCAUUAGCUGAUUUGAUUACUUACUCGGCUAAGUCAGUGUUAAUAUUUAUUAUCAUGUAUUUUUAUAUCAUGCUUGUGUAGCACAAAUUUUCAAAUAAAUGUUUGAACAGUA